GCUGUGUCGGCGCGCAUUUGCGUUUGGACCCACCGUAGGGCAGGCGGCGAAGAUCAUCAGCGAGAGUCGUGAGUGUAUGCUGAGCGCGGUAUGAAGCAUGACGAUGCUGGUCUUCAACAGCAGCGUGACAGCCAACGUCCUUAGCUCUUCCAAACGCUCGUCUCACUCUCAAGCGCAGCACCCAUCACGCUACAACGUCGGCUCCAAGUCGCCUCACGCUUGACUCGCCCACACAACUCUCGGAAAGUGAAUACCUCUCGACAAUCGUAUCCCUCUAAGCAUGUCCGCAUCUGAAGUGCGCGACAUUCAACAGGCCGCGCCCGAUGAGGGUGGCAUUGGUCAAGACCUUCCUCAACCAGACGCUCAUGCAGCGAGCGACGUGAAGGGCAAAGGAAAAGGCAAGGCUGCAGAGGUGGUCGAAGAGGAGGAGGAUGACGAUGACGAUGAAGAGAACGAGUCUGACGAGGAGGAUGAAGAUGAUGAGGAUGGUGAUGAGACCAACCCUCUAGAAGGCUUGGACCAAUCCGCCAUCAUGUGGACCGGAGCUAGAGGAACACGUCGUGCUGCGCAGAAAGAGAUCGACUACUCUUCCGAGGAGGCUCAGCGCAAGGCUGGCUUGGCAGGUGGUUCCGCGGAAGAGCAGGAGGAGGAUGACGGGGAGUUCAAGGGCGAGGAGAUGGAGGAGUAAGCCGUGAGGCUGAGGAGGACACAUCAACACGCAGGUCCACGUUUGACUAGGUCCCGAUUCACAUCGACUGCAAAGAGUACCCACAGAAGCUGGUACCCUCUCACCAAAAGACCAAAGGUCAUGAGUCAUUGUGCCAGCUUCUUCACUCGAUAGCAAAGCGCAAGCACGUACAAGAUUAGUGAGAGCUCGCGUAAACAUCAGCUGGGUAUAGAUUGCCACCGAAACAUGUAUCCAGAAACGUCCAACGAGUACAAGGCCUUGUCGCUGAUGAAGCGCGGGUGAUCUAGUGUCCUAGCUUCAUCGUUUGCGUCAAAUUUGAGGCACAUUUCGACAAGGAGGGAACUCGCUGGACCCAAGUUUGCCCGAGCCAGCUUACGCUCUCAAGCUAAUCAUCAGUGCGGACGCUUUCGAACAUCUAGAGGUCACUAGACUCGACCCGGU